GCUUAGUUGCAGGCUCGCCGAUGCUGUGAUGUUUUAUGUUUGUUUUUAUCUUUUAAAUUGCAAUAUAAAGCCGGGGCCAAAACAGCACCUUAUUUUGGUUUUAAUCGCAGCUGUAUUUAACGUGCACCGUCAGAGGAAAUCAAGGGAAUUCAAUUUAUUCUUUGCAGGCGCAAGGAAAAAAAAAAGUUUGAGCAUCAUUCAAAUAAAAUGAAGAGGCAGGCCGACCGGGACGUAAGUCCGGCGCGAGCUAUAGCCAAGCGCAUACGGGAGAGGGACCGGGACCGGGACCGGGACGGCGGCGCCCGCCGGGAGGACGUCGCACCACCGCCUCUGGCUGCACUCUUGUCCGAGAGCCGAAAUUACCACAAGCAUCCGGCGCGGAGCAGGAGCAGGGAGCGAGAGAGGUUCCGUCUGCGUGAGGAGCGCGGUGCUGGUGAGUCUCUACACCGUCAGCACCAUCGCGACCUCGGGCUUCCCAGCCGCCCUCCGCUGCGGACCACAGCGGCGCUCCCCAAGAGCAAAGCGGCGGCCGAGCCGCUGGGGAGCCGCGGCGGGGGAAGCAGCCUGGAGUACAAGACUUUGCUCAUCAGCAACCUGGGCUCCCAAUUGACGGACGAGCAGGUGGAAGACGGAUUGUUCCACGAGUUUAAAAAGUUCGGCGACGUGAGCGUCAAGAUGUCCCACACCCCGGAACUCGGCCGCGUCGCCUACGUGAAUUUCAGGCACCCGGACAACGCCAAGGAAGCGCGGCGGUCCAAGGCCAGGUUAGUGAUGUACGAUCGCCCGCUCAAAGUGGAGGCUGUGUACGUGCGACGGCGUAGCUGCACGCCUCCUGACGUGGGUUACGUGCCUGUGCACAGCCCCUACCACAGACAGCGCUCCGUGUCGCCCGGGGCCGGUAAGAUCCGCGAUGUCAGGCCCAGGCACUACGCCAUGGAGCUGGGUCUCAGCCGGGAGAGAGAGCGGGCGUUAGAGUACUACAGUAUGCUGGACGAGAGGGCCCGCGCAUUGGCCUAUCAGCCGCCCGAAGAGGAUCUAAUGCCGGAGGACGACCAACGGGCCACCAGGAACUUAUUUAUCGGCAACCUGGACUCGAACGUGUCGGAGGCGGAGCUGCGCCGCGGCUUCCACAAGUUCGGCGUGAUCGAGGAGGUGGUGAUCAAGCGGCCGGCGCGGGGCCAGGGCGGGGCCUACGCCUUCCUCAACUUCCAGAACCUGGACAUGGCGCACCGGGCCAAGGUGGCCAUGUCGGGCCGGGUGUUCGGGGGGAACCCGGUGAAGAUCGGCUACGGCAAGGCCAACCCCACCACGCGGCUGUGGGUGGGCGGCCUGGGCCCCGGCACGUCGCUGGCGGCGCUGGCCCGCGAGUUCGACCGCUUCGGCAGCAUCCGCACGGUGGACUACGCCAAGGGCGACAGCUUCGCCUACGUGCAGUACGAGAGCCUGGACGCGGCGCAGGCCGCCUGCGCGCAGAUGCGCGGCUUCCCCCUGGGCGGGCCGGAGCGCCGGCUCCGCGUGGACUUCGCCAAGGCCGAGGAGGCCCGCACCUACCCGCCCCCCUACCCGCCGCCCGCCCCGCCCCUGCCCCUGCACCUGGAGCUGCUGGACGGGUACGCCUGGCACCGCGGGCUGGGCCAGGAGCUGCGGGCGCGAGACCGCACCCCGCCGCACGCGCUGUUCGCCGAGCGGGAGCGGGAGCGGGAGAGGCCCUUCCUCGAGCGCGCCGAUUGGCCGGACGGCCUGGAGAGGCGGGGCAGCCUGGAGGCGUUGGGGCGGGGCCGGGCGCGCAGCCGCAGCCGGGAACUGUGGGAUAGGGAGGCGGGGCCCAAGGCGUGGGAGGAGCGGCGGAAGCGCAGGAGCCUAUCGAGCGAGAGGGCCAGCGACCGGGGGCGGGGCAAAGCACGGGGGGCGGAGUCACCCACCCACAGCCCCGCCCCCAAAACGCCGGAGCCCCGCCCCAAAACGCCGGAGCGCCCCCCUGAGGACGGGGCGGGGGGGGGCCGCGGGGAGGCGGGGCGGAACCACCGGGGGGGCAGCGACAGCGAGGACGAGCCCGCGCCCCCCCCCGCGCCCCGCCGCCCCGCCUCGCUGGCCGAGUUCGCCCACUCCCUGCCCCCCGCCUGGAGCGGCAGCCUGGUGCUGAAGAACAGCUGCUUCCCCACCAGCAUGCACCUCCUGCAGGGCGGGGCCGGCUUCCUGCCCGCCCUGCUGCGUGACCAGGCCCCGCGCGCCGGGCCCAUCACCCAGCUCAAGAUCGCCCAGCGUCUGCGGCUGGACCAGCCCAAACUGGACGAGGUCACCCGCCGCAUGAACCAGGGGGGCCCCGAGGGGUACGCCGUGCUGCUGGCCGUGCAGGGCCCCGUGGAGCGGGCCGGGGCCCUCGAACCCGGCCUCCAGACCCGGCUGCUCCGCAACCUGGUCACCUACCUGCGCAACAAGCAGGCCGCCGGGGUCAUCGGCCUGCCCCUGGGGGGGGGCCGGGAGCGCCAGGGCGGGGGCAUGCUCUACGCCUUCCCGCCCUGCGGCUUCUCCCAGCAGUACCUGCAGACUGCGCUCAGCACCCUGGGAAAGCUGGAGGAGGAGCACCUGGUGGUCGUAAUCGUCAAAGACUCCGUUUAACUGCCAGCCUUUUCUGGGGUUUUGUUUUUUUUUUGUUUUUUAAACUUGUGUAUAUUUUUAAAGAGGUGUUGGCUGACGAGCCUGUCGGGGAUGAAAGGGAUCGAACAGGAAGUGCGGGUGUCUGGGAGUUGUUGCGGGUGUCUGGGAGUUGUAGUUUUACACGGUGAGGCUGGAGGGCGCGCUGCUAUGCUAGAAUCGGACUGUUAAUGCCAGAAGCCUGGUUGUCUGAACGUGAUGUUUUUAAAAAAAUUAACUGACCAAGUACCUUUUGUUUCUCCAGCUCGACGUUUACACUACGCUCUGUUCUGACCAGGGCCCAGAGAAGUCUCGGCUUUUUUGUACUUUUAGUCUGAAAAACUUUAUUUUAUUUCUUUUUUACUAUGAGGUGCUGAGCACGGGAACCUUGAUGUUGUGUCCUCUGUUUCCCUGGGGUCCAGUUUAAUGGACGCAUAUUUAGAAGAAGUUUGGGACUGGCUGUUACAGCAUUAUUCCUUAAACGUUACUGUUACUCAAACGACCAUUUUGUUUUGUUUUUUGUCGCAGUUCUCUUUGUUAGCGGACAUAUUUUUGUAUUAUUUUUGUAUGAUUUUUGUUAUUUGUCCUGCAAUAUUAUGGUGUAUGAACGGACAUGGUUGCAGUGUGGUGUUUUGAGAAGCUGUUUUCACACAAAAGGAGUUUAUUUAUUAAGAGGUUUAAGGGAAGAGAGUGGAUGUUCCAGCUACCUCUGAGCCCAGUCCCACCUCACACUCUGACCGCUGUCCGAGACGGCGUCCUCUCUGGACCAUACACUGUUAGCGUCUGACCCACUCCGGCACUGGGAGCUGAAGUGGUGGGAUAUGUUCUGCUAACUCCACACACCUCUGCACAUGGUGUUACCCGCUGUGUGGUCCGCCCCUCCUGGGCGACAGGACUGUAUAUGGGUGCUGUGGAGGCUUGUCGCCUCGUUCUCUCCCUCUGUAAUGUGUUUAUUUACCCUGAGCUCUGCGGUGUGUGUGUGUGUGUGUCAACACACACACACACAUGAAACUGACAGUAAAAUCAUGUAAUGUCCUGGUU